CUUUGCAACCUUUUAUAAACCUCCAUUCGCAACAUUAUAUUUUGCUAUUAAAUACCUACGCGUACAAUAACAUACAUAUACACCCAUCUCACAGUCUCUGAGGAUUCAAAUUCAUUUCUUUCUCAUUCUGAAACUUUCGUGGCGACUGAAUCAUUCCAAAUAAGCUCAUUUCCCAAAGGUCAUCUUCCUCCCCUUAACCGCGAUCGCCGCUACCACCCUUCAAUCUAAGAAAUCCCUUCCAUUUCUCUCAAGAGUAAUUCUACUCUACCUUUACUUCAGUACAUAGCAUAGUCAAUAAUAACAAGCAAACCGUUUUUGCAUUUGUCCACAAAAGUCUGCUCCAUUCUCUUGCAUAUUGCAUGUUCGUCUGACUCUAGGCUUUACUACAAAUCGGAACAACAUUCGGCUUCGAACUCUUUUCUUUCAAGGAAAUAUUGAACACAGUCGACAUACUUUGCAAGAUUCAUCUUGAAGAUCGUCAGAUCAUUUGCAACUUAAGGUAUGUUAUUCAUUCCCCUCAAAAGUAACGCAUCUGACGUAUCUGCUGUAGUAUUGAAUAAUCAGUCACACAUAGACGUCAUGGCUACACAAGAAGAGCUCGCAAUGCUUUUCGCUCGCAAUCUUUCCCUCCACAAUCCUCCUCCUGCCCCCGUAGAACAGCCAAAGGAAGUUGAACCAACAUAUACAUACUCAGUUUCUCAACAUUAUACCCAUUCCGCACAUGUUGUUAAGCAACCAUCCAGACCAGCUUCCGAACCACCCCAAACAGAUCAACUUACAGUAGAUAUUAUACUCGCGAGACAUGGUGUCGAUUCUUCCUCAUUAUACCCUACCCAAAUUGAACUCUUCAAAACCGCAGAUGCUAGUCAGCAGAUGCGAUUAAUUGAGUUAUGGAGAAUCUGCCCACCGUACAAUGGAGGGCAAUCGUUGCCACAAGAUUUGUGGACUGGGCCUUCUACUAGCUUUGAGCAAGAAGAAUCCAUGGCAAGGUUGAGAUAUGAACGGCAAAUGUUGGAAGAAAGAAUGUCUCGAACACAAGAUUCAAGUAUGGAUGAUGAUACUAUGAGUGAUGGUAGUAGCCAUGCUCCAUUGACUCCAAUUCAAGGUGGAGAUGCACGUUGGAAUCAUGCCGAGCAUGUUGAACCUUACAUGGCAUCUGGUUAUGAGCUUUUAGCUGCGAGAGAGUAUGAACAAUCAGCGGGUCCCUCCAAAGACAUUUACUCGCACUUCGGUUCGGCAGUUGGUGGACCUCAAUACAAACAAUCCAUCGACCCUGUCUAUAAGGCCGUCGAAUCUAUUCAUGGGUACCCAAAUGUUGAAGCGAUGGAGAAUCAGUGAGUAUUUUCUUGCCAAGUUCAUGAGUUGGCACCUUCCUCUCUCCCCUUUUUCGUUAACCCCACCUCAAACAACCCCACUUUACGUUUUUAAAUGCAACCCUCCCUUUCUCACCGAUUUUAACAGCUUCUCAUAUAUGUUUUCACUAACUAAAUAUCAUAGGUAUGGAGCGUUCCAAAAUUAUCAAUUUGGUGGAUACACAAAUGGAGGUGAAGAUGAGGAGAUGUUGUAAAUAAUUAUACGUUUUGCUCUAGGUAGCUAUAGUUAGUAUUUCCAUAGAGUUAGGCAUACCAGGCAUGGAAUUUGGGAAAUUGUUAUUGUUCGGCGAGACAUUGCAUGAUAUUUUUUGGUUCUUGGAGGGGUAUCUGGAGGGCUAUUAGGAAAUGCAUGCAUGGAGUACAUCUGCAUUUAUAUUCUUCUACAAAAUAUGUUUUAAGGCUGGUGGUUGGUCAAAGACGAUGAUCUCUUCGUCUUUCAUGUACUUUUCUUGUCUUGAUUUAUGAUUUUUUGGUGUGAGGUACGUACUUUCUGAUCCUCCUAUCCCCUGUUCUUAUUCGUCCAUUCCUCCAUCCCUUCAUAACCCCUUACCAUUUUC